GCACAUAAUACAAACUCGAGAGCGCAGUGGUGCACAGAAAUUCUUGACUGUAUGUAUAAUACAGAACAUAUAUAGUAAGAUAUAUAAUAUAUAUAUAUAGGAUCAGCGCGCGUCGCCUAUUAUCGGGCUUUGCUGGAGAUCAGAAUUAAAAAAAAAAAAAAAAAAGUAAGCAAAGGAGAGAACGAAAACAAGAGCGACGUCUUAAAAAGGCGAUGCAUAUAAGGACGCUUAGUGCGAAUGCGUGAACCAAGUUGAAGUGGAUCGAGACGAUCGGUCGAAAAUCUGGUGACCAAAGUAAAUAAAAUUUCGUCCUAUCCAAAAAAAUUACAGUUGGUACCGAAAAAUCGUGCGCCGUGUAAUCAACUUACGAGAGUUGUGUUGUGUGCAGGUAUAAUGCACUAGCAACUCGGAGCAGUCGAGUAUUCGAUUCUCUCUCUCUCUCUCUCUCUGGCGUUCGAUGAAUUUGUAUUGUAUACAUAUUGUAUUAAAGCAUUAAGUGUGCUGCUUUGACGCGAGUGUGUGUAGUACCUUACAUACGUGCGCAUCUGUUAUAAACCCGUGUGUGCUGGUGCCUUGGCAGCAGCAGCAGCAGUUUAACCGCGAGUAUACUACAUACAUAUACAGUAUCAUAUACAUUCAGAAGUAGCAGCAGGCCGAGUUUGUGUUCUCCAUCUCUCCGAUCUCGCUCGCUGUUCGCCUCGGCAUAACCUCCAACGUGUGAUAGUGUGCGUAAAAGUGUGUUGUUGGUUGGUGCUCGCUGUGUGAUACAUAUAUAAAUGUGCAAGUGUGCGAAAAUCGAACGCCCGAAAAUUCAACAAAUUUCGGCCGCAGUGGAAUAAUAAUGAGGGCGGCUCGCCGCUGCGCCGACGACGACGACUCCGUUUCCGUGUCUUACUACGAGCGGUGAGAGAGUGAAAUGAGAUGAGAAGCCGAGAUACCACCAAUACGUCGGUUAUCGAGAGCUCAUACUACAAGAUCGUCCAUCGAACGAGAGUGGUCGAGACAGCACGCGCAAAUUUCCGAAAGCAACGAGAGGAUGAGCAAUGAUGAGCAGCAUCAGCAACGGCCGAGUCUACGAUAACGCGAGCAGCAUGAUGAUCGCCACCAACAACAGCAGCCCAGUCAAAUCGACAGGCAGCAUGUCGAUGAUGUCGCCAGUAGCUGACUCGUCGACGUCGUCGUCCGCAGCUGCAGCUACGUCUUCUUCGAUCGACGACCCUAAUAACGAUGCGGACAGCAUGAGCAAGGAGAUCCUCGCUACUCUGGAUCAACAAUCCGACUCGAGUAAUUCCUUUUACAAUCACCACAACAAUCAUUACAAUCAUCAAGACCAAAUGCAGCAGCAAUUAUCCUCGUCGAUGAAUUCGUCCCAGCAGCAGCAAAACCAACAACAACAACAACAACAGAUGCAGCAAAUGCAGCAGCAGCAACAACAACAGUCACAACAGCAGCAGCAAAGGGUACCACCCACGUACGUGUACAGCACCGAGCAUCAUCAUCACUCGCAUCUUUAUCAUAAUGAACGUAACGACAAUUUGGACGACGUCGAGGUCGACGUGGACGACGAGAACAAUCAUCACGAUCUCUAUCAUCAACACAACAAUCGCCAUAACAAUCAUAAUCAUCAUAAUCAUAAUCACGACGGCGAGCCACCGUCGUCGCAGCAGCAUCAGCAGCAGCAACAGCACAAUAAUUAUCGAAAUCAGCUGGCCGAGGAUCAGCUCGGGCCGCUGCCGCUCAAUUGGGAGAAGGCUUUCACCGAGACGGGAGAGGUCUAUUUCAUCGAUCACAAUACCGGCACGUCGCACUGGCUCGACCCGCGAUUAUCCAAGUUUCAAAAACGAUCGCUCGAGGAGUGCCUGGACGACGAGCUGCCUUACGGCUGGGAAAAGAUCGAGGACACCCUCUACGGCACUUACUUUAUCGACCAUGUGAACCGACGGACGCAAUACGAAAAUCCCGUCAUUCAGGCAAAACGUGCUCAACAGAUGCUCCAGACUUCUAUGAACGAGCACAACAACAAGGCCCCACCGCCUUCGGGCGGAUUCACGCGCAAUCCGGACGCGCUCAAGGGCCAACGGCUGCGAACCACCCUAGUAAAAAGCUCGCGCGGCCUCGGCUUCACCAUCAUAGGGGGCGACGACAAUUGCCAAGAAUUCUUACAAAUCAAGAGCGUAGCGGCCAAUGGACCCGCCUGGCUCGAUGGCAAACUCCAGACCGGCGACGUGCUCGUCUACGUCAACGACAUCUGCGUGCUCGGCUUCACGCACAACGAGAUGGUCCAGGUGUUCAAGUCCAUCGCCAGCGGCGAGACCGUCUCCCUCGAGGUCUGCCGAGGCUAUCCGCUGCCCUUCGAUCCGAACGACCCCAACACCGAGGUGCUCACGACGAUCGCCGUAAAUCCGCCCGAACAAGAGCAGAGCCUGUACAUGGAUCUGGAGCGCGCGGUGGCGCGUGGCGAGCGCUUCGAUUUUCUCAACUCGGCGACCUCGUUCAUGCCGGUGUCGCACAGAAACGGCGUCGUUGUCGAGAAUCUCGCGUCGAACGCGUCCGUGACCUCCAUGCCGGAUCUGUGCAUCUCGGAGAAGUUCAACAUCGUCAAGAGGCCCAACAGUACCGAUCUGCUGCUAAACGAUAGCGUGGAUCACGCCGUGACGACGCAUCAUCGAGAGCUGCACGCGACGGAGCAGCAACAGCAGUCUGCACACUCGCCGAUUUCAGGACCCAAAUCGUCGGAAUUCCUCACCAUACCCAUAGUCAAGGGCAUCACGGGCUUCGGCUUCACGAUAGCUGACUCGGCGCACGGCCAGAAGGUCAAGAAGAUCCUGGACCGCGAGCGCUGCAAGAAUCUCAUGGAGAGCGACAUACUGGUCAGCAUCAACGACGUCAACGUGCGCAACAUGUGUCACGCCGAGGUCGUGCAGGUGCUCAAGGACUGUCAUCGCGACCAGGAGGCGCUGAUCUACGUGCAGCGUAGCGCCGCGCUCAAAUCCCCCCUGACCGUGAUGGCCGACAAGGAGAGCAACGGCAGCCCGAGCAAGGACAAGCACGCGACUUUCGACUUCUUUCGUAGCAAGACGCCCACGGCUGACAUCUACAGCACUCAGGCCAAGACCGUCGUGCCGCAGAGAUCGAAGACGCCGCUCAUCGACACGCGCUACAACAAGGAGACCGCCUGCUCCCCGCUGCCACCGCUUCUACCGUCGAGCAGCAACGUGAUCGUGCCUCCACAGCAGACGGUGGCUGAGCUGAGGGACGCCCUGGAGAACAGAUACAACAAGUUCAACAAUUCCAACGGGAACUACGCGAAUCAACCCAUCUAUGGAUACACCGACGUGCCGUAUAAGACGGAGAUGAGCCACAUGACGGAUAGUUUCGCGGGUAUGGGAUUGAACACACGACUCGAUGUCGAGGACAGUCUCCGCGAAGUUCUGAAACAACGCGAGGAUUGGCUCGGUAUGAGCAUGAACGGCGGUGAAAACAUCUACGGUAUCAGCGUGAAUCACCACUCGCAAUCACCCAUGUCCAAUCACCACAUGCCGAAACAAAACGGCGGCACCUAUCAUCAUCAGGCCCAACAAGAGCCGAUGGGCGAUUAUUACAAGGAUAUUUACGGCACGACGUCGCACUACGACAACGGCCAGCAUCAUCAUCAGGAUUACAUGGCGAUGUGCGCCGGACAGGAACAGAACGUCGAUACCGGCGAGAUCUGGGACAAGAGGAAAGAAAGCACGAGCUUCGAACACGAGCAGCCGCGCUCCAGUUCUAUCACACAGCAGUACGCUAAUUAUGGCGAUGGUAUGAUGAGAGUUAGCGAUAUGGUGUAUUCAAGAAUGCCGGAUAUCGAAUGGAUCGAGUCCUUAGUAACCCUCAUACGCCAUGAUAACGGGUUUGGAUUUAGAAUCGUAGGCGGUACAGAGGAAGGAGCGCAGCAGGUAUCUGUCGGACAUAUCGUACCUGGCGGAGCAGCAGACCAAGACGGCCGCCUGAGUUCCGGCGAUCUGAUCGUGUCGGUCGACGGGGAAUCGGUACUGAACUCGUCGCAUCAUCGCGUCGUCCAGCUGAUGAUCGCAGCCGCGCAAAAUGGCCAAGUUACUCUGGGAGUCAGGAGGCGGGUCAUGCCCCAAGAGCAUCAGCUACAUCGCGAGCAGAUGCAGUCGGUCGCCUCGAAUUACGGCUGCCGGGGUAUCGGCUUGACCGGCAUCAAUCACAUUCAGUAUCCGUACGAUGUCACGGUGACGCGCGAGGAAAACGAGGGUUUUGGUUUUGUACUGAUAUCCUCGGUAAACAAGGCCGGCUCGACGAUCGGUCGUAUCAUCGAAAGUUCGCCGGCCGAGAGGUGCGGUCGGCUCAACGUCGGAGAUCAUAUACUUGCCGUCAAUCGCGUUGAUAUAACCAACGCUUGCCAUAAAGAUAUUGUGAAUCUCAUCAAAGAUUCCGGAUACUCGGUUACUUUGACGAUAGGAUAUCCACUUGAUGACUGCUGCAGCAAUACAUCUCUUUCUCAGAAAGAUGAAACCAUAAGCGAAGGCGAUAGUGGUCAAUAUCACGCAGUGGAACUGACUAGAGGUACUCGUGGUUUUGGAUUCAGUAUACGAGGAGGACGAGAAUUCCAAAAUAUGCCAUUGUUUGUGCUGCAAAUCGCCGAAAAUGGACCUGCAUCGAUAGACAAUCGUCUAAGGGUUGGCGAUCAAAUUAUAGAAAUUAAUGGAAUAAAUACAAAAAAUAUGACUCAUACAGAAGCCAUCGAAAUUAUAAGAAACGGUGGCCCGACCGUAAGGCUGCUUGUACGACGAGGAUGUCAAAUGCCUUCAGUGAAUUACAUGAGUAUUGAUGAAUUAAAUGAAGCUGCGGAAGAUUCACGGAUGAUAGAGCAUGAAGCUGCAAACAGCCAAAUCAUAACAAGACGUUCGAAAGACAAUAAAAGAGUCUCAUUAUCGUGUUGCUGUACAACUCGGCCGCGACGUUUAAGUUGAUUUUUUAAUAAAAAUCUUAUGUUUAAGAAGUAAAUAUUAUACUGUAUAUGAAUUUAUUUAAAAAAGAACAAAAUCGUGCGACACGAUUUUUCAACUUUUAAUUAUUAAAUAAUUAAUUGUAAUGUACGUGAUCCAAGAUUUUUUUGUGGACUUGAAAUAAUGCGCUCCGAGAGAUUUAUUAUAUAGAACUUCAAAAGUUUUAAACAUAAUGAUAAGACGUAUGUUAAGAAAUAUACAUUAAUUUAUGGUGACGUAAAAUUAAUUUGUUGAUGCAUUUAUAUUUUUAAGAAUGAGUUACAUUCUUUUAUACAUACAUAUAUGAAUGAAUGAAGACCUACUGUUUUUAUAUAAUAUAAAAAAGAAAUGAGUGCCCUCUUCUUAAUUAUAAGGAAUGAAUUACGAGCAGAAUUCAUUAAUCAAACAUAACAUAUUUCACGAAUCUGUGUACAUAGAAACAUUUUUUCAAUUGAAAGAGUUUCUUCAAAAAUAAUUGGAAACAAUUCUUAUUUUGCAAUAAACUAUGUUCCAUUUUAUGCAACAUUUUUAUUGGAAAAUGAAUCAAAGUAUUUUUAAGGGAACUUCUUCGUUGUUACAAGUUAGGAGUACUGUUCAACUCUGUCGUCACCAAAGAAUGCGUUCAAUAUUUUGAUUGCAGUGUAUUUUUUUCAGAUAUCUAGAAAAAUUGAUUUUAUGAAACGGAUUUGUGAAGUUUAAGAGCUUAUUUUAUGUGUAGAAAUUCGAGAAUUGAGCUUAAAACUGUUGAACAAAUUUUCAUCGAGUAUGAAAAGUGUAUAUUUUUAUAAAAAUAUUUAGAGCUAAUGAGAUUUCUUCAAAACUCGAAUCAUGAUAAAAUUGUUAUAUUUGGAGAUCUCAUUUCCGUUGAUACAUCAUUGAAUGUUCACAUUACAUAUUAUAUAUCAUUUACAAAACAUGUAAAUGCUUAUAUAUUUACGAAUUUAUGCAUUUACAUAUUUUAAUUUAUAUAUACAUAUGUAGAAUCUAUAUACGGUAAAUUUAAUCCCACAGUUAUGACUUUCGAAGUAAAAUAUUAUGUAAUGUAUCUAUAUACUUUUACAUUGACUUGUGAACGCUGAAACUUUUUUUAUCAUAAAAAUUUUUAACUAUUUUCUUAUUAGUAAUAAAUUUAUGUAAAUACA